AUGGAUAACAACCAUAACCCCUUAUUAUCUAAAACAUUAUUCAAUCAUCUUCCAAACCAACGAAAGAUUAACCCGCAAAAUAAAACUGAAGUUCUUGAGUUAAUGGAAUUAAGAGCAAACAAAAAAUUAAUUCAACACACAAUGCAACUAAAGACUGGUAAAAUUAUAACACUGAAGGAUCUUUCUAAUAUAAUAUAUACUACAGGAAAAACAAACAGUGACAGCAGUUUAGAUGAAAUUGUUCAACAGCUACGAAAUAAACAUAACUGCACUGUAGAAAUUUCUGUUGAUAGUGGACAUAAUUUAAUUAGAAUUUUCCAGAGGUUGUAUUUGCUGAUGCUACCUACAAAUUGA